CAGAGAACACAGUUACAUGGACGUCCAAUGAAUGGUAUUAACUGUGACGGGUCAUACACUGUUUGGGAAACAUGUCGACAUUGUUGUUGAUAUUGCUCAUAUCAACACUUGGUAUCGACUCUGCACGUGGAACAUGUGUAGCGGACUGUGGCUGGAGUGUGGGAGAGUGGGGAGAAUGCAGUAGAUCUUGUGGUGGAGGGUACCAAACCAGGAACAGAACACGUUGUUGUCAUGACAACGAGUCCACGGAAGCAUGCCUAGAACGAUGUCAGAGCAAGUCCGUUGGCGAUGUCCCCGAAACCAACAGAUCGUGCAACAGGUUCUGCUUCAAUGGAGGGAAGUUUGAUGAAGACACCGGUCUGUGUAGGUGCAGACAGGGAUGGACAAGCACCUGCUGCCAAGAAGUUUCCAACGCAUACAUAUAUAACUGCAGACAUCAUGCUGUUCACAUGGCUGAUGUCAACUUCUACACACAUUCUUCUCAGUUUGCAAUCGGAAGAUCGAAAGAAACCAUGCAGAAUGUUUCAUAUGUCGUUAGGACGUAUUUAGCAAACGAAAUGGCUGAUGUCAGUGUGGGAAGAGAUAUUCCUGUUGGCAUCACCUUCUUCACGGGCACAAACCAGACUAGUGCGGGAAGUAUGAGACAUAUGGCCGCAUCCUUCAGUUCUCUGCUCAAAGGAACCUUCAUCUACAGGGGGCAGUUUUUCGGAAACAUCACAAAGAUCUCACUACAGGUUGCUCGGCGUGGUAAUCACUUUGGAAUACCAGAAGCAAUGGAUGUCAUUUCUACAAACCUUUCCCGUCCAUCUGUGUUUUACUGUACGAGGAAUGUAUCUGAGAUGGAACACCUUCAGCGUCUAGUCCGAAAACGACGAUCUCUAAGUAGAAGUUUAAGGAUUGAAAUACGCACAAGUUCAGCCUGGUUUUCUGGUACCGGUGCCAAAGUGUACGUCAGGCUAACAGGUGAUAAAGGCACGACGAGAGACAUGCACAUGACCGGAGGAUUUGGUAGAGGAGACGUUGCUAAAAACACCGUCAGUAUUGAGGAAAUAGGUGUGAUACAAAAAUUAAGAAUAUGGCAUGAUAAUUCAGGAUCGAGGGCUGGAUGGAAUCUUGACUGGGUUCGUGUUUACGAGCUAUCUGAAAGCGGUGUCAAGUACGAGUUCCAUUGUGGCUGCUCACUGGAGGGCGACAACAACGCAAAAGAGCGGACACAUAGCACAGGGUGCAGCUCAAUUACCAACUGCCGCACACAGCGAUGUCACACUUGUGUUGAGUGUGACACUCCUCCAGCGAAGCAUUUUUACAAACUUAGCUCAGAUAAACAUACAUGUCAACUGUGUCCAUAUCUAGAAAACUGCUUGAAACAAGAAUGUCACGAAUGCACAAGAUGUGUUAACCCCCCUGCUACUGCAAAUUAUAUAUAUCGGAUGCAGACAGACAAGCAAAGAUGUUACCGUAGUUGUGUUGACAUGAGUGGGGACGUCAGACGUUCGCUACUGUGGCUAAGUCCAGAUAAGGAACACUGUGAUGCCACGUGCUCGUAUGUGAAGGAUAGGUGGUGCUGGCCUGGAACGUGCUCUGAUGGUCUCACAAAAUCAUGUUCCUGUGAACCUGGAUUCAGAAAGAAUGGCAGUGCAUUGUGUGACGUUGACACAAAGGCCGAUUUAAUCACCUGCAACGUUGGAAUAGAGGACCUUAGAGGCGUCACGAAGAACAGCACCAACAUGGGCAACAAGACCGACUGUUAUUCAAAGACAGACGUGUAUCUCAACAUACAACCGGGGUAUAUGUCCUUCAGUAUUAAAGCUGACUUUCAAAGGAAAGUAACAUCGCCUCAGCCUGUAUAUAUCAGUGGAACCUACAUCGGUAUUGUUGACAGCAACCUUACAGUGAUACGAAGGACUCUGACAGGUACCGAACACAUUUUGUCUUCCACUACGUUGAGGGGAGGUGGCGACUGCAGCAAGGCCCUCUCGUCGUCCACACCUGCGCCACUACUGUCAUGUGACAGAGUCCUGAAUGGUUCAUCCUCCCUGCUUAAUGGAGAAUGGUUAUGUGGAGUAAUCAAGGUCUAUUCAGGAGGUUCAUUUGAUUAUAAAAACUUCGAUGGACACUUCCUUGGCAACAAGCGGUUCACCCCCCUUGACGAAAGCAAGACCAUCUGCUUCAGAUAUGACGAUGUUGCCCCAGUUCACUGUACAACAGAUUCAAGAUUUCCAUGUUCCUCUGUCAACCCCAUGCGCCUAUCCACAAGAGCAACUAAAUCCCCUAACAUCACUGUUGGUGUGUCAGGCUGGGUAGAUCCCUAUCCUAAAUCUGGAAAACUAGAACAAGCCUCAGGAAUAAAGUAUUUUAAAGUGGAUGUUUAUGGUAUGAAACACCUCGACCCGGAUACACUAGAUGUGGACUAUGCUAACCAUGUGUUUAAAUCAGGCCAGCUGACCGGAAACAGUGUGAACAUCACAGUCUCACUCCCAUCAGAGCCUGCCAUGUAUGUUACAUAUGUGGAAGUCCACGAUGUUGCUGGAAAUGUCAGAUUUGUACGACGUUUUCUGCUGUACGAUAAUUCAUCUAAACUUGAGGUUACGACAUCUCGAGUAUUGAGGGUCAUAUCUGCGUCAAAGGACACGAGAUAUACUUGGCAAAUUUACCAUGGGAACAUUCAGUUAGACUGGAAUGAACGUUAUCAUAAUGAUCAUUACAUAACGAAUAACUAUUUUGAUGUGAAAGAAGACACAGGCAAUGGUAUAUCAGGUGUAUAUGAUCAAGUAACGGGCAUUUUACCUGUCACCGGUACUGUGAGUAUCCAUGGCAUCACAAGUUUCAAGUACCAAUGGUGUCUCAACAAUGGUUCAAAAACGUCAUGGGAAUCAGUUCCAGAUUUUACCAACCAAUCUCUGAGCCUGGGUCUGAAUCUAACGGAUGGUGAAACCUACGAAGUCUGGGUUAAGGCCCAGGACAUUAUGAUGAACACCAUUGUGGAGUCUGUAGUUGUGCACAUAGACAGGAGUGUGGCUGACAUCGCUGAUACCUGGCUUGUUAGAGAUGGAACGAGUCAGGUAUAUGUUCACAACAACACAGAUCUCUCUACGAUGGUUCUUCAGUUUCGAGCGUGGGAUGUCCACAGUGGGAUCACAUCUGUGCUGUGGGCGCUUGGAACAACUGAUGCGGGCUCAGAUCUCGGGAACGGUGCACUUCCUGUCAGGAAACUCGAAGCUCUGGUUAGGUGUCCACGAGGGCCAGAUUGUUACUGUCCAUCUGUUGGGCCCUGUGAAUUCCAGAAUUAUACACUGGACCUAGGCAAGACUUCUCUUAAAGCCAAUAAUACGAACACGGGCCAACACAACAGAGAGUAUUACUUCACCCUCUUUAUAACUAAUGGGGCCAUGCUAAAGAGUUUUGCUCACCUGGAUGUUCUGGUUGAUGAGUCUCCUCCUGUAGUUGGCAUCGUUCAAGAAGGGAGCAUUGAUGGUCCAGACAUAGAUUACACCAGUGAAGGGCAUGUGCUGAUCAGCUGGCGAGGUUUUAUUGACCAUGAGAGUGGUAUCCGAUAUUACAUCGUAGGCUUAGCAGACAAGUGUCUUAGUGUUGGUGAACUGAAGCAAACACAUUCAAGCGAUAUCAUCAUUCAAAAGCAACAACAAAGUGUAUCACUAGUUUUCCCUAAAGAAGGCAGGUACUUUACUUCACUUGUUGCUGUCAACAAUGCUCUAGAGCCUUCUGAUGUUAUCUGCUCAGAUGGUAUUACAUUUGACCUCUCCCCACCAAUCAUAGAAAACAUUACCCUCCACCAGGCAUCUUCUUUAUCUAGUCUCCAAUGCAUAUUUGAUCAACCAUGGCUAAUCAACUCUAAUAUGACAAUGGCUAGGCUUCCAAUGGUACACAUGUGUCGCGAUCGGUGUCUUAACAACCUACACACGAAUCUGCGUUUUCCUAUAGUAUAUGGAAGUUACAUAGACAACGAGACAGCUGAUAGCCUAUGUAGGGAUCUGCCGUAUCUGAAUGAGACUGUAAUUUAUGUGCCGUUUCACAAAGUUGUUCUGAACUGGAGCCUAAUUGAAAACGAAAGCCAAAUUCGCGAUUCCUUCGUAGGGUUUGGGUAUGAUGUGUCAACAUACACCAAGCCAGAUCUAGCCAGUUAUAGACCUACUCAUAGGAAGACAAGUUUCCAUAGUCAUGAAACUGGUUUUGAUAGUAGGACAGAGUUUUACAUAUUCAUCAAGACAGAAAACAAGGCUGGCGUCUCAUCAGUGGCAACCCUUGGUCCUGUGAUGAUAGAUGACACUCCCCCAGACGUUCACGGGACACUAGUUCCAGAGAUAGUUGGGGAUCACAUCAGAGUCACCUGGACCAAUCACACAUUCUCAGACCCUGAAGAAGUACAUCAGCAGUUCACAGUCACAUACCGGGCGGUAAUGGACGAGGACUAUGUUACACCAAUACUGCAGACUCCUUCUGGGGCAAGUGAGGUGUGUAAAGCUGAGGGACAUGCUGGCUGCAUCCAGUAUCCAAUGGUCCUUCUGCAGCGUCAGGACUCAGAACUUGGAAAACGAUGUCUCUUUGAGUUGUAUGUUUACAAUUCAGCAGGCCACUUCACUACUGUAAGAACAGAGUCAAUCCGUCUUCCGUCACUAUUCCCUCCUGGUCAAGCUCUGGUCGUGGAUGUCGAUCCUUCAGAUGUAAACUCCUUGACAGACGUGGACUUCCACCAGCACUAUUCAGCUUGUGCCCACUGGUCUGGAUUCAAACAUCACAGAAACGUCACUUUUGAGAUAGGCAUCGGGUCAACAGCAGGUAUGGAUGACGUAGCAACGUUUACUGGUGUCACUGGGUCGGAUAUACAAACAGCUUGUAUCAAGUCACCCACUCUCUCGACGUUUGUCAAGUACUUUACAUCUAUUCGGGCGAAGUGUUCGGGUGGAGAAACUGUUUCGUCGUCAGAUGGAUUUAUGAUUGUGGCAGAUGUUCCUCAUUCAAUCUCUGUCUAUGAUGGCCCAACAUGUGAACUAAAUGAUGAAAAGCUGGUUAACUUUCUUGAUUUACAUAACCUUUCUCACAGUAUGAGCGUUAACGUUACAUUCGACAAUCCACUGCAUUUUGGGCAGCACUACAGUGCUGUAGUCAGAAACAUCACAACCUUUGAAGGCUUCUCAUUUCUCUCAGAUGAUGUAUUCAUCACUGGAAGCAGCAUGGUAGAUAAUUCAACUUAUCAUGUACAUUUUUCUCCUCUAACAACAAAUCCAAAUUUCCAAUUGAGGUUUGUAAAAGGAAGUAGUUUCAACAUUGAAAUGUACAGAUGUGUUCAAGAUGCUGACUACCAGGUUUCAACGACAUCCUACACACUACACUGGGAGGGCAAUAGUGAAAACACGGAUUUUGCCACCCAUUAUCAUCUCCAGUUACUUCAAAGCACAUGUAACAAUGAAUCUUCAGAAGCAUGUGUCAAAAUCAUCAGCGAGACAAAGGUUAAAACAGGAAGAGGCACAGCACAUUGUUUCAAAAAUCUAAAUCUGAAAAAUGGACACCGUUAUUUGGGUUCUAUAUCGCCUUGCUUUGGACACAUUUGUAUCACAGAACAGUUGUCUGAUGGUGUGUCAGUAUCUGAAAUUCCAGAGAUUGGGAAUAUCGUUUCUGUCAUUCAAGAUGAAACUGGAGAUUGUACAAACAUAUCUGUUGAAGUAGAAAGUAUUGACUGUGGAGAGUCCUUAAAGAUAUCUGGGAGCUGCAUCAUUCAAUGGGCAAUCAUCAAGUCCGAAUCAGAUAUCAGCCCAGUUACAACGUGGAUGCAAGAAGAUCCUGGCUCUUGCAAUGUCAAGACCUCUAGAUGCCUGAAGCUACCGAUCCACUCCUAUCAAAAACUGUUCACAUGUGUACGAGUCAUCUGUCCAUCUGGGCAGUUUGGUUCCAAAUGUGCUGAGCUGAGUUUGAACCCAUACGCUACGUCGUAUAGUGAGCAUGGACUGUUUGAGCUGCCUGCAGAUGACAAGCGACUGGCCAAUAUCGAAGACAUUCUCCACAGUGAACGACUUGGCACAAGACUAAAGCUGCUACAUGAACUGGAUGUUGACUUUAUCAACAGCAGCAGUAGAGUGAGUGCUGUCAUCACCAAUACAGCUGGCCGCAAUGUCACUUGGUUCAUCAUGAGGGGAAUCCAACAGGUUCCAGUGUAUGACUGUGACUCUGAUAUAUCUUGCUUGACAUGGAAAUUUACACAAACUGGAUUUGUCAGGUUUGGUAGGAUUGACUUUGACGAUUCCGAAUCCUAUUACAUAUGUGCCAAUGUCAGUGAAAAUACAGAAAAGGAACUAUUGUCCUUCACCAUUUGCGGAAAUGGAUUUGUGGUGGACAAGACUCCCCCUGUUGGAGGUUCCGUCAGUGUAACUAACGCAGUAUCUGGCUACAUCACCGAUCCCUCAAGGAUGGUCAUCACAUGGUCCGGGUUCUCUGACAAGCUGCCACAUGGAGUUGUAUAUGCCCAUGCAAUCAAAUCGUACUCAAUUGCUAUCGGGAACUAUCCUCGUGGUCAAAAUGUCAUGGCAUGGACAAAGAUUGGCGACUGCACAUCGUUUGAAGCUGAGGGGCUUCCCAUCAAGACUGGAGAAGUGUACUUUGUCACAAUCAAAGCUGAAGAUCAUGUUGGUCAUACGACAGAGAGUAUUUCUCCUGAAAUAGUAGGCGAUCUUACACCACCUGUAUGUGGCACGAUUCAGGUUGAAGGACUGUACCCGCAUAAGAAGGUUUUGAGGACAAAGACACUUCGCAUCCAGUGGAAGGAUAUCCACGACCCCGAAAGUGGCAUCGAGUCCUACCAUCUGAAUAUUUUCACAUCCGUCAACACAGAAGCGCCACCUCUACAGUUUGAAACAAGAACGAAAUCUACAAUUAUUCACAUUGAUAAUACAUUUAUUGAAGGGCAUGCCUAUGAAAUCAGAAUUCAGGCCACCAACAACGCCCACCUUCGGUCUCUGUGCAUAUCCAAGUCAUUCGUCAUUGAUAACUCCCAACCACAUGCUGGUAUUGUUCGAGAUGGGUAUGUUGGAAGUAAGGAUGAGGUGGACUAUCAAACCAGCACAACUGGGCUAGGCUGCCACUGGACUGGGUUUCACGACCCUCACUCUGGAAUACAGGGCUACAGAAUAGGACUUGGGACUUCACCAGGCGUUUUGGACGUCAAGCCUCUCCUGUCUGUUGGACUUCGGACAAAUCAUAACUGGACACAUGACUUGAUCCCUGGAGCGAAGUACUACAGUACAGUCGAGGCGUGUAAUAAUGCAGGGCUCUGUGUCACUGAAUCUUCUGAUGGCGUCGUUAUGGAUGGAUCCGCUCCUGCAGCUGGUGUUGUUACUGUUGGUCACACUGACACUCAUAACAAAUACCACGGUCACAGAUCAUAUGUCCACAGUAAAUGGGUUGGUUUCGAGGAUGCUGAGACAGGAAUCCACCAUUUUGAGUGCUGUAUUGGACAGAGAUCGGGUUUUUGUGACAUAAUGAAUUUCACCAACACUGCCCUCUCAGAUUCUUACUUGGCAAGUGGGCUGCAUCUACCACUCUCUGUUCCUCUGUUUGUGACAGUAAGAGCAUACAACCCUGUAGGUCUGUUUGUCGAAACUGUCUCCCCCAGUUUUGAAGUUGAUGACACUGCACCAGAAGUCAUUGAUAAACCAGUGUUCAUAUCAACAUCACCAGAUGGUCCCGAAAACAUCCCCACACAGUGGGAUAACAGUGUCCUGUAUUCACGGUGGAAGUUUGUUGAUAAUGGGAGUCCAAUACAUGAGCACAUACUUAGCUUUAAAACUCACCACGAGUCAGCCGUAGCAGUAGAACAAAUUACCUUAGGACCACAGAACUCGUACUUACUGAUUUUGCCGAAGGAAAAGCGACUUAGGAAUGGAGACAAAUACCAACUGUCGGUGACUUCCUGCAACCGUGCAGGCUUGUGUACAACGUCACACAGCAACAACAUUCUGAUUGAUUCUACUUCUCCGAUAGUGGGAGGCUUUAAGCCACCAUUAACGUGGCAAACUAUCAGUGUCAAUGGAUCUCAACUAACAUUUGUCAAUCUUACCUGGUAUGGGUUUUCAGAUGCAGAAUCAAACAUUUCCUGCUAUCAUUUAAAUGUUGGAACGUCGUAUGAAGGUGGCGAACUAACAAAUGGUACGGUUACAGUCAACCAUGACCCAUCUGUGAAGGAGCAGUCAAGCACAAUCCAGCUAACACAGUUACUUGGUGGAGGGGAAAUCAUUUUAUCUAUUUGGGCUGAGAAUGAUGCACAUCUUCUGAGUCCUGUUGGUAAAGUUACCGUCUCAGUUGUAGCAACAGAUCACAAGAGGAGACGUGAGGGAACACUGGAACUACAGCGUCACUCCUGUGACACUCACUACUGUACUGAUGACUGUACAUGUGCAGUGGUUGGGCGGAAGUGUAAUCCACCUUCCAUGCCCGUAACAUGUCGUGAUAUGUCAAAUGUCACCUCACACAGGCUUGUGGAUGUCCAGAUAUAUCCAAGAGCCCAUAACCAGUCUGGCCUGUACAUUACAUCUUCUCUGUCUUGUAUUGCCGGGCAUUGGGAGAUGGAUACAACAUACGACAUUCAGCGAUAUGAGUGGAGCAUGGGGCUGCUUAACGGGCCUUUUGGGUCUGGAAUAUUUAAAACUAAUGAGGAAAGUAUAUGGUAUGAUGUAGGAAGGAGGACUGGGGUAGUCCACUGUCUGCCAUAUGGCCGAGCCCUAGAACACGGAGACGACUAUGUCAUCUACAUCAGAGCUUGGUACUCAGAUUCUGAAUACAGAGUCUUCACAUCCCCGAGUAUAAGAGUCGACCAUACACCACCUUCUGUGAGAAGAGGUAGAGCACUGAAGGAUUCAGAUUCAACAUGCAGUCGAGACUUUGACGUCUUCGACAGCAAUGAGACUGUCAUAACUGCCUGUUGGCAAGGAUUGUUCCAGGAAACACAGACAAGCAUUGAGGAAUACAUAGUCUGGGCUGGUGUUACAAAAUAUGGUUCAGACCUGUUGCCAUAUCAGAGUGCAGGACUGACUACAAACAUCUCCCUACCAGUGGUAAAUAUGACUCAUGGUACCAAGUAUUAUGUUGGCAUUCGCGCCAUCAACUCCUUGAACAUGUCCGCCACUGUCAUCUCAGAUGGCUUUGUGAUAGAUGCAGACACUCCAGUUGGUGGAAAUGUGUUCAACACUGAACAUCAUCAAAGUAGAUUGACACAGUCUGAUAACUCAUCCUUCGGUGUCUCAUGGCACGGAUUCCAGGAUCACCAUUCCAGUGUGAAGCAAUAUCAUGUUUACCUGAGGGAAGACAACUCAUCACAUACUGUUACCAACACCACGGUGACACUCAGGAACUCAGGUCUCUUUGAUGACUUGAACCUAGAACAUGGACAAUAUUACACGGCUUCUGUAGUGGCAGAGGACUUUGCUGGGCAUCUCAGUGACGAAGUGACAUCCCUUCCCGUGUUAGUUGAUGUUACCCCUCCAUAUGGAUUUGUGUGUAAGAACUUCACAAAUAUCUCCAUCACUAACAUGACACAUGAGAAAACUGAUGUUGGAUCUGGUUCCUUGAAUGUAUUCAAGGUUGAUUUACUUCGAGAUACCGGGUCACAUUAUCGCGUGAAGGUUUGCAUUCAGCGGGAUCAUCUGGAUCAUGAAGAGGCUCUGUUUGCAGUGGGUGGCAUCCAUAUCCAGAUCCCAUUUGUCCUGAGAUACAACCAUACAUUGCACUGUGCGGAAUACCAGUUUACACUUGAUGCAGAAAUUGUGUCAGUCUCAGCUCUUUUAGAAGUCACAAUUCAGAGUAAAGAAUCGUUCCAGGAUGCAGAUAUAGAAAUAGAGGAAUGCACAGACAGAGAGAGAACAGAUGGACCAGAUGCUAUAACAGCACGACAACUGACGCCCUCACUACUAGGUAUCUGCACCAGGAUGAUGGACCCAGAAAGUGGCUUAAUGAACAUACAGAUUGGAGUUGGUACAACACCAGGAGGGUUUCAGCUUCAGCCCCUUCGCCAUGCAGAAGCUGGCUUCCACCAGUUGGUGGAGGUGACUGUCCCCAUGGGACGCCAGUUUACACAACAGUCAUCGCUGAGAAUGGUGCUGGACUGAGGACGCAUUAUCUUUCUAAACCGAUUGUACUCGACCAAACUCCACCCACAAUAUCAGAUGUAAAUGCCUACCUGGUUUAUUCUGGUAGCAAACCUUCUCCAAUAGUACACGCAUCUGGAUCCUGGUCAGCUGACGAUGAUGAGUCGGGAAUCUCUACAUGCUGGUGUGCUCUUGGUCACAUGAGGCUGUCAUCUGAUCUCCAUAGCUGGGUUACCUCCGAGAGCGGUACAUCAUGUCAGAUAACGGUCCCACAUCCAUCCCAUGGGGUCAGGCUGUACAUGACUAUACAGUGCACUAACAACGUGGAACUGGACACUCUCGUCUCAUCAAACGAGCUACAAAUUCUCUUCAGGCCACCAUCCGCUGCUGGUAGUGUUGUAGAAUUUGUGGUGCAGAACAGGUACAGCCAGCAUGGGAAACGCGUCCCCCAGUCUAUCAUGUCCUCUCUCGCAUUUCAGUGGACUUGGCCAGACCAGGACACCGUCAGUCACUACCAGUGUCGGGUAACAGACAUCAAAGUAUGGAUGAACACCACCCUGAGAUUCUGUGAAAUGUCAGGUGUGCGCCUGAAGGACGGGGAAAGCUACACAGCCGUGGUUCGUGCAGUAAACAUGAGGCAGCAAGUCAGUGAAGCUGUAUCAGCAUCUGUCACAGUAGACAGCACAGCGCCAGUACUCACAGGAAGAAAAGCGUUAGUUCAGUGGAGGUCUGACAGUGUGAGGCUUUUCUAUGGCGAUGUGUUUUAUCCCAGAAGAGACCACCUGACCUACAUUAUCAGCGUCGGCUCCAACAAGGGCUACAGCGACUACAUGCAUCUGUAUACUACACGUCACAAUGACGUCACAGUCAACGUCCCUGGCAUCACAUCAGAGGUUCACGUGACAAUAACAGCUCAAGCACCUGUUGGAACUUAUGAAACUUACUAUGGUUCUUUCACUAGAAACUGAAACUAACGGGUGCAAACAUAUUGGCAUCAGCAUCAUGAAAUAACCAAUCAUAUCUCGUGGUCUUUGUUUUCCUGUAACAAGUGUGUUUGUAUGCAGUGUAUUUUCAUAUAGCAGACCAGUGUAAAUUGAAACUAUUCGAGGGUGUUUUUCUACAUAGCGUAGUUAAUAUUUUCAGAACAUAUAUAUCAGUGUAAUCAGAAACCAAAACUAUUUUAGUGAGUGAUUACAUAGUGCGUGGUGUAGAACGGUAUUAGGAUAACGCACAACAGAGCUGAUGUUGGCGAAGCCUGUGAGACAAUACGACGUGAUAUAUUCUAUGAUGAAACAAACUGUAUGAACCGUUGGAGAUGAAUGAAACCCCAAUAAUGCGUAAUUAAUCUAUACUGUCUGUAUUGAUUACAUUUCGACAGUAGCAUACCGUAUUAUACGUCAAUAUGGCUGUUCAGAAAAGUCGUCGUUUCUUUUUGUGAUUACUUGAUUCGUAUGCUGCACGUAGUCUGCGUGUAAUUAAAUAUAAUUUUAUUCAA